AUGGCCAUGACCGAUGAGACCGACCACAGCGGCGGGGUCAUUUUGGAUGGCCCCUUCGAUCCGGAUGCGCAGGCAACCGUGACAGACUAUAUCGACUACACUGAAUACCUUCCCGCGGAUAUCAUUCGCUCCCUGACCCUGGUCUGCGGCCUGGAUGACCGAUACCUCGACUCCGCGCAAGACGUCCACAGCCUAGCCAGGAACUACGGCCAGCUUCCUUACAUCGCAUCCGAUGAGCGUCCGAGCGCAAUUAGUGUGCGCAAAAAUAUCUCACGUCAACUAGACCGCGCAAUCAAUGCCCGCGAAUCUGCCUACGCCGAGGCAUGCCGAUUGCACGACGUCGUGGAUCGCCAUUUCGACCGACUGAGCUGUAUUCGCCAGAAGUUGGAGGCGCUUCCUAAACCCCCAUCUCGAGAGCCAACGCCACUACCAGAGCCUACACCCAAGCGAGUGCGCAAAGACAAGAAGGAUGGCGCGUCCACAACGCGUAUUACCCUCCGGCUGGACAAUAGUCAGGACCGCAAGCGCAAGAAGUCAAGAUCACGCCGUUCAGGCAUUGCCGCGGAACACCUAGCAGGUUUCAAUCCGGAUUCGCCCAUCGCAAGUACGGAACACUCUGAUGCCGAAGCCGAAUUGGAUAUUCCUCCCAAGCCAGCCAAACCGCCGAAGAAGGACAAGCCGCGCCGACCAAGCUCAGGCGUGGGAGUCUCGACGAGCAACGCCCUUGCACUGCUAAAGCCUCCACCGGAUGAUGCCAAGAUUGGCAGUGAAGAUCUGCCAUGGCUGCGACUCACCGAGUGGGAGAUGACAAAACUGCGCAAGAAGAUGAAGAAGAACGCCGUGUGGCAGCCCAGUGAAGUCAUGAUACACCGUGAGUUGGCACUCUCCGGCCGCGGAUGGGAGGCCUACCGCACUGCUAAAGCGUUGGCUGAGGCGAAUGGCACCGAAUUCAUCGAUUGCGAUGAUAUCGAAACUACUCGCGGUGAUGAGAUUCACAAGGAUCUCGAAGAGACCAAGCUCAGCAACCGUGGAAUGAAGUUGAACGAGGCCAAGAAACUCAAGCGUGAGAUGCUUGCGCGAGAGGCGGCGGCUAACGGCGGAGAGAUCCCAACUCCAGCCAAGGCUAUUCCCAACUCCAAUCAAGCAACUCCAGCUAGUCGAUCUUCGCGAAAGCGGAAACGGGAUGAGGCUGUUGUUGGGGAAGAGCAUCCAGCAGUGGCUCCAUCUGUUCCAGUCGCAGCUCCUGUCCCCGUUACAACUGAAGCUGUAGUUCCUCAACCCGAACUCGAACCUCAAGCGGAGCCGGAGCCGGCUGCUUCCAUUUCAAAGUCGCGCCGCAAAUCCAGUCGGGGAGGAAUUGCCAACGGCGCCGCAGAUGAGGCUGCACCUCUUGCUCCAAUCAAAACUCGAGCAUCCCCCGCAGCCGACGUCAAAGCAUCUCCACCUCCACCCUCGCCAACUGGAUCGCGUCGCUCGACCAGAUCAGUUGUACAGCCUACUACCACACCUACCCCACCCGUCACCAGACCCUCGUCAAGACGUUCUGCUGCCGCUGCAUCAGUUGAGCCGGGAGGUUUGGGGGCCGCUUCGACCUCGGCUGUCCCCGGUGGACGAGACUUGCGCAUUAAAAGCGCGACUCCAGCCCGCAAGACUCCCGUUCGAGAACCAUCCCACGCACCCAGUGUUCCUGGUCCCAAUCGCAAGCGCAAGCGCCCUGCACCAGGGCCCGUUUCUUCUGGCCAAGACGGCGGCGCUGCCGUUAGUUACGGGCGUCGCAAAGCGAAGCCAGGCAAGAAACGCAUCAACGUGAGUAAUUCACAGGAUAUCCGGGUGGACGAAGACGGGGUACUAGAGGAGAUUGAUGCCAGCGAGCCGCGUUACUGCCUCUGCGGGGAUGUGAGCUUCGGCACGAUGAUUUGCUGCGAGAAUCAAGAUUGCGAAUAUGGGUGGUUCCACCUGGAGUGCGUUGGACUUUCCGAGGUUCCUUCUCGCACUGCCAAGUGGUACUGCCCCGAAUGUCGCGUCAAAUUCGACAAGGGGCCCGACGGAAUCGUAAAGGGUGGAUCUCGGCGUUGA